AUGACCAGGGGGUCAGUCAAUGGUGAGGGGACUGGGGUGAACAACACCCCUCAAAAUGGGGGACACCCUGGGGAUACCCUUGUCCCAAAAGAGGACCCUGACGCUCCCAACGGAAAGGUAGAGCUGAGGAAGAAGGUGACACUGCUUCGGGGAAUCUCCAUCAUCAUCGGUACCAUCAUCGGAGCGGGAAUCUUCAUCUCUCCCAAGGGAAUCCUGAAGAACUCUGGGAGUGUUGGAAUGUCUCUGGUGGUGUGGAUCGCCUGCGGAGUGCUGUCCCUGUUCGGUGAGUCACACGUAGUUGUCGCCAGGAGGGAGGAGACAGACCUAAGUAAAGGUGUACAGAGUGGUUUUAUGAUGCGUGCGAACUGAAGCUAUCAGGAUGGAGUUUUUGUGUUUUUAUUGCUGUUCAGUCUAUUGGGUUACGACUCCCCUGCUUCCCCUUCCCUGAAGAACCUAGAGUUGACGUAUCCUAAAACAAAGUGCAAAACGUGUAAAACAGCUUUUCUUGAGAUGAUGAGUGUGAAUGAAAGCUUAGGGGGGUGGAUGAACUUUGUAACUGUCUGCUGCUAUGGAAAAGCUUCCGCCUCUACUCUUGCAUUAUUUCAUUAUAUUACUGUAAUUACAGAAGCCUUACUGUAGCUACUGCCUUCUAACUAACCAUCAAACUGCUGAAACAGCAAUUACUCUUUACGCUAACCUCUAUGUCUAUAUUCCCUUUCUCUCUCUCUCUCUCUCUCUCUCUCUCUCUCUCUCUCUCUCUCUCUCUCUCUCUCUCUCUCGCUCUCUCUCUCUCGAUCUCCCCCCACACACACAUGAUUAUGAAUACAAUUAAUCACAUUUUCCUCUUAUAGACAGUUAUCUACUGUUGCUGAUGCUGCCACUGUUUCACAGGUGGCUAGCCACUCCCCUGUCCUAAACCUUUCCCUCUCUCCUAUCCCAGGGGCCCUGUCCUAUGCAGAGCUGGGAACCAGCAUUCAGAAAUCUGGAGGACAUUAUACCUAUAUCCUGGAGGCCUUUGGACCACAGAUGGCCUUCAUACGCCUCUGGGCUGACCUCAUCGCCAUCAGGUAGGUGUGUGUGUGUGUGUGUGUGUGUGCGACAGAGAUAGCAGCAGGAAGGGGGGGGGGGGGGGGGGGUAGAUACAUGCAAUAAGGUGUGUGUAUAUCACUCUAUACUGUCUGUGUGUUAGAGAGAGAAGGGGAUGGGCCAAGCGUGUAUCUCACCAUUGUAAAGAUAGCAAAGCCUCUCGGAUCCCAUCCUGGUCCGUUGAUACACAUGGUAGCAGAGCAGUGUAAACAAACCUGCUAUACUAUGCUGUACUGCAGGUUAACCCAGGCCAGGGGGGGAUGUAUUGUUUUGGGUCAAUGGGAAAUGAACAGCGAUCUGGGGAUGAGCCCACAGACUGUGCAACAGUUAUUAGAUUCUUAUUAGAGCAAUAGAAGACACUGGAAUUGGUUCACCUCCACAUGUGGUAGAUGUCAAGUUUUAUGUGUAUGUGUUUAAUUUAGAUACUUAGUGUGUAGGCCAACCUACCUACUACACACUGUAAUAAUGUGUCAGUGUUCUGAGAAUUAAGUUGGUUUGUUAUUAGUUGGUACAUGUCUUAUCAGCUUUUCUUUCAGAUAUAUUGAAUACAUUUGCCAUUUCAUUCUGGACCCUGAGUUCAUUUACUCGUACAGUGAGGGAAAAAAGUAUUUGAUCCCCUGCUGAUUUUGUACGUUUGCCCACUGACAAAGAAAUGAUGAGUCUAUAAUUUUAAUGGUAGGUUUAUUUGAACAGUGAGAGACAGAAUAACAACAAAAAAUCCAGAAAAACGCAUGUCAAAAAUGUUAUAAAUUGAUUUGCAUUUUAAUGAGGGAAAUAAGUAUUUGACCCCCUCUCAAUCAGAAAGAUUUCUGGCUCCCAGGUGUAUUUUAUACAGGUAAUGAGCUGAGAUAAGGAGCACACUCUUAAAGGGAGUGCUCCUAAUCUCAGCUUGUUACCUGUAUAAAAGACACCUGUCCACAGAAGCAAUCAAUCAAUCAGAUUCCAAACUCUCCACCAUGGCCAAGACCAAAGAGCUCUCCAAGGAUGUCAGGGACAAGAUUGUAGACCUACACAAGGCUGGAAUGGGCUACAAGACCAUCGCCAAGCAGCUUGGUGAGAAGGUGACAACAGUUGGUGCGAUUAUUCGCAAAUGGAAGAAACACAAAAGAACACCCUCGGCCUGGGGCUCCAUGCAAGAUCUCACCUCGUGGAGUUGCAAUGAUCAUGAGAACGGUGAGGAAUCAGCCCAGAACUACACGGGAGGAUCUUGUCAAUGAUCUCAAGGCAGCUGGGACCAUAGUCACCAAGAAAACAAUUGGUAACACACUACGCCGUGAAGGACUGAAAUCCUGCAGCGCCCGCAAGGUCCCCCUGCUCAAGAAAGCACAUAUACAGGGCCGUCUGAAGUUUGCCAAUGAACAUCUGAAUGAUUCAGAGGAGAACUGGGUGAAAGUGUUGUGGUCAGAUGAGACCAAAAUCGAGCUCUUUGGCAUCAACUCAACUCGCCGUGUUUGGAGGAGGAGGAAUGCUGCCUAUGACCCCAAGAACACCAUCCCCACCGUCAAACAUGGAGGUGGAAAUAUUAUGCUUUGGGGGUGUUUUUCUGCUAAGGGGACAGGACAACUUCACCGCAUCAAAGGGACGAUGGACGGGGCCAUGUACCGUCAAAUUUUGGGUGAGAACCUCCUUCCCUCAGCAAGGGCAUUGAAAAUGGGUUGUGGAUGGGUAUUCCAGCAUGACAAUGACCCAAAACACACGGCCAAGGCAACAAAGGAGUGGCUCAAGAAGAAGCACAUUAAGGUCCUGGAGUGGCCUAGCCAGUCUCCAGACCUUAAUCCCAUAGAUAAUCUGUGGAGGGAGCUGAAGGUUCGAGUUGCCAAACGUCAGCCUUGAAACCUUAAUGACUUGGAGAAUAUCUGCAAAGAGGAGUGGAACAAAAUCCCUCCUGAGAUGUGUGCAUACCUGGUGGCCAACUACAAGGAACGUCUGACCUCUGUGAUUGCCAACAAGGGUUUUGCCACCAAGUACUAAGUCAUGUUUUGCAGAGGGGUCAAAUACUUAUUUCCCUCAUUAAAAUGCAAUUCAAUUAAUAACAUUUUUUCUGUCUCUCACUGUUCAAAUAAACCUACCAUUAAAAUUAUAGACUGAUCAUGCCUUUGUCAGUGGGCAAAUACUUUUUUCCCUCACUGUAUGUAUGUACUCAAUAUACUGUACUUUAUGUUUAUCUCUAUAUUAUAAACUGGGGGAUUUGAGCCCUGAAUGCUGAUUGGCUGACAGCCGUGGUAUAUCAGACCGUAUGACAAAACAAUUAUUUUUACUACUCUAAUUACGUUGGUAGGCAGUUUAUAAUUGCAAUAAGGAACCUCGGGGUUGGUGGUAAAUGGCCCAUAUACCACAGCUAAGGGCUGUAUCAAGGCACUCCGCGUUGUGUCGUGUAUAUGAACAGCCUGUCACGUCUCCUCCCGUUGCUCCCCUCCGGCGCUCUGAUUCGCCGGUCUACUGAGCCACCGGUCUGAGCGCACCAUCUCGGCAACACCGGAAUGGAAACCCAACGCUCCCUAAUCACCUCCAGCACACCUGCACCUCAUCAUCUCAUCACCACCACUAUAAAGCCCUGGACUGUUCAGUCAUUGUUGUGUGUGAUUGUUAGUGUCAUGUCGUGUACUCGCUCUUUGUUGUUCUCUUGCUCAGUGUUAAGUAAACCUUUACAUUGUUGAUUCCUGCGUCUGCGUCCUGCCUCUUCGUAUCGUCAGUACUCGUCACACAGCCUUUAGCCGUGGUAUAUUGGCCAUAUACCACACCCCCUCUGGCAUUACAGUGGGGAAAAAAAGUAUUUAGUCAGCCACCAAUUGUGCAAGUUCUCCCACUUAAAAAGAUGAGAGAGGCCUGUAAUUUUCAUCAUAGGUACACGUCAACUAUGACAGACAAAUAGAGAAAAAAAAUUCAGAAAAUCACAUUGUAGGAUUUUUUAUGAAUUUAUUUGCAAAUUAUGGUAGAAAAUAAGUAUUUGGUCACCUACAAACAAGCAAGAUUUCUGGCUCUCACAGACCUGUAACUUCUUCUUUAAGAGGCUCCUCUGUCCUCCACUCGUUACCUGUAUUAAUGGCACCUGUUUGAACUUGUUAUCAGUAUAAAAGACACCUGUCCACAACCUCAAACAGUCACACUCCAAACUCCACUAUGGCCAAGACCAAAGAGCUGUCAAAGGACACCAGAAACAAAAUUGUAGACCUGCACCAGGCUGGGAAGACUGAAUCUGCAAUAGGUAAGCAGCUUGGUUUGAAGAAAUCAACUGUGGGAGCAAUUAUUAGGAAAUGGAAGACAUACAAGACCACAGAUAAUCUCCCUCGAUCUGGGGCUCCACGCAAGAUCUCACCCUGUGGGGUCAAAAUGAUCACAAGAACGGUGAGCAAAAAUCCCAGAACCACACGGGGGGACCUAGUGAAUGACCUGCAGAGAGCUGGGACCAAAGUAACAAAGCCUACCAUCAGUAACACACUACGCCGCCAGGGACUCAAAUCCUGCAGUGUCCCCCUGCUUAAGCCAGUACAUGUCCAGGCCCGUCUGAAGUUUGCUAGAGUGCAUUUGGAUGAUCCAGAAGAGAAUUGGGAGAAUGUCAUAUGGUCAGAUGAAACCAAAAUACAACUUUUUGGUAAAAACUCAACUCGUCGUGUUUGGAGGACAAAGAAUGCUGAGUUGCUUCCAAAGAACACCAUAUCUACUGUGAAGCAUGGGGGUGGAAACAUCAUGCUUUGGGGCUGUUUUUCUGCAAAGGGACCAGGACGACUGAUCCGUGUAAAGGAAAGAAUGAAUGGGGCUAUGUAUUGUGAGAUUUUGAGUGAAAACCUCCUUCCAUCAGCAAGGGCAUUGAAGAUGAAACGUGGCUGGAUCUUUCAGCAUGACAAUGAUCCCAAACACACCGCCCGGGCAACGAAGGAGUGGCUUCGUAAGAAGCAUUUCAAGGUCCUGGAGUGGCCUAGCCAGUCUCCAGAUCUCAACCCCAUAUAAAAUCUUUGGAGGGAGUUGAAAGUCUGUGUUGCCCAGCGACAGCCCCAAAACAUCACUGCUCUAGAGGAGAUCUGCAUGGAGGAAUGGGCCAAAAUACCAGCAACAGUGUGUGAAAACCUUGUGAAGACUUACAGAAAACGUUUGACCUGUGUCAUUGCCAACAAAGGGUAUAUAACAAAGUAUUGAGAAACUUUUGUUAUUGACCAAAUACUUAUUUUCCACCAUAAUUUGCAAAUAAAUUCAUUAAUAAUCCUACAAUGUGAUUUUCUGGAUAUUUUUUCCUCAUUUUGUCUGUCAUAGUUGACGUGUACCUAUGAUGAAAAUUACAGGCCUCUCACAUCUUUUUAAGUGGGAGAACUUGCACAAUUGGUGGCUGACUAAAUACUUUUUUCCCCCACUGUAUUGCUUAAGUAUCCCCUGGAUAUUUUACUGUUAUUGCUUCAAAUGAACCUAGCAGACAUAUUUGAGUUAGUAACCACUGAAUAUCAGUAACUAUAGUUAUUUGUCUGUUAUAGACUGUUAGUGUCAAGGGAAGCUAAUAAACAAGUGUGAGGUUGGGUAAGACAGGUUCAUGUCAAUAGGAGGUCACAUGCUCCCCAACACUCUGAACAGUGAAUAAUGUCCCAGAUCUCACAGCAUUGUGGGUCAGUGUUUCCGGUCAUUGUGUUUGCUGCACAUGUAUUUUGGGGUCAGUGUUUUGGGGUCUGUGUGUGUUGUCUGUUCUAGACCUGCAGGGUUGGCAGUGAUAUCCCUGGCCUUCGGACAAUAUAUACUGGAGCCCAUAUUCAUGCCCUGUGGAGUGCCCGAGAUUGCUAUUAAACUGGCCACCUCUAUAGGAAUAAGUAUGUCUAAGAUUGAUGCUACAGCAUUACAGUAUAUUGAAUUGAACAAACUUUGGAACAUAGGAUUUUUGUGCUUGUCAGUGAGAUGAUUCAAGUGAAUGUAAGAUACCAGUCAGUCUCACAUAAAGUGUGUGUUUGUGUGUGUGCGUGUUUGUGUAUAUUCCUGCUCCACAGCGUCAGUGAUGUAUCUCAACAGUAUGAGUACGAGCUGGACAAACAGGAUUCAGAUCUUCCUCACCUUUAGCAAGCUGCUGGCCAUCGUCAUCAUCAUUGUACCUGGCCUCUAUAUGCUCUUCAAAGGUAAGCCUUCAUCAUUAUCAUCAUCGUUAUCAUCAUCACCAUCAUCAUUAUCCUCAUCAUCGUCAUCAUCACCAUCAUCACCAUGAUCAUCACCAUCAACACCAUCAUCAUAUGUGACCGACCGCCUCGAUUCGUUCUUAUGUAGCAAAAUUUGAAAUUGUAGUUUUUACAUUUGAUAAAAGUAGAGACUCAGACCUAGAAAAUUGUAUAUCAUACCUUGCAGUUGAGGAACAAUGGAAAAGUCGUUCUGCUUUGAAAGUUGAUAAACUUGUAACCCCACUUUUGAGAAAAUGUCCCUUGAAUGUUUUGGUACACCUACUGGAGAGCUCUUCUUUGUCUACACCCAUUCAGCAUCGUUCACACCCUCUUAAGCCUCAGCCCCAUCCAUCUCAUUAAGGAAACACAUGUGAGGCCAUGUGCUAAACAAAGUGAGUAAUUUAGUAAACAACCAAAGAUUUCAAGACUAAAAGUGGUAAAAGUAGUAGCCUACAAUAAGGAAAAACUCCAGGUAAAAAUACACUUUAUAUACUGUAGUCCUUGGCCUAUAUCCUAAUCUGACUUUGGUGCAGGUCAUGUUGUUCUUCACAUUACCGUUUCUGGUAAACACACACUAUAGCAAAUAAAAUCGAAGUUUAUUUUUCAAACGCACAGGAUACAGAAGGUGUAAACGGUACAGUGAAAUGGUUACUUGCAUAGUAGCAAUAUCACAAACAGUAAGUGUCCAGAUACAAAUAUUGUAUACAUAUUUUAUCAUUAUUAGAUGAUGCUUACCCGACAUACUUGUCUAAAUUGAUGGGUCAUGUGAAGGAAAUGCUAUAACCACCCACCAGCCACAUCUAGCUAAGUGGAUGGGUCACUAUUGUCUAGACAAAUACAAUAGAUGGCCGUAAUCACCCCCAGACACACCUGGCUAACUUGAUGGGUCAUGUAAUCAUCUGGCGAAGUAGCUAGCUAGCUAAACAAUGAACCGUCAUAAUCCCAACUCAGACUACUACCAACACAAACAUUGUCAUUUUUACAUUUUACAUUUUAGUCAUUUAGUAGACGCUCUUAUCCAGAGCGACUUACAGUUAGUGCAUUCAUCUUAAGAUAGCUAGGUGGGACAACCACAUAUCACAGGCAUUUAACUCAGUUUUGUUUGUAGCUACACCUUGUUUGGCCAGCGUUGUGUCAAGUCACUCUGGUUCACACUGAUCGUGGCAUGUGCAGAAAGUAGCCCAUCACUUUUUCCAACUGAUCUGUCGAUAGCACCUGCUAAAUUCAGGGCAUCAAUGUUGUUGAGAAAAGUAGCAAAACUUUUGUAGUUCUCGAUGGCUAAUGUUCAUAUCUUUAAAAAUGGCACCAUAGAAAGGACUAUCAACAAAUACUGAUCAGCUCAUGUUAUAGACAUAAGCAUGCUACAUGGCAGACCAAUCCAAACUCAUCUCCCGGCAUGUCCAGCCCAUCCAUUAUCUCAGCCAAUCGUGGCUAGCGGGAAGGUUCCUGUCUUUUUCCGUGGCUAAACCAACUAGGCUCGUAAUUUUACAAUUCUAUUCGUAUUUACGAAUGUACUACAAGUUUGUUAUUAAAGCACAUGAAAGUUCACAUGUUCCAGAAGACAUUUCUGCCAAAAAACGCAUUUUGAUAGAAAAUAAAUGUUUACUUUAAAAUGGCUCUCCUGUGAAGUAGUGACAUGUGACAAAAGCCUAGUUUCCUGAAACGAGUCACAUAUGUUACACUGGAUUAAAACCACAAAAAUGGCAUGCUAAUGCUUACAUCACAUUGAAUCCCUCACUCUUUCAUGACUCCUCAAAAACGUUGAAAUUAUUGAAAGCUUGAAAAUGUUUGUGGUACAUAGGGUUAUAUUUGUUUGUUUGUUACAGGGACAUUCUACAGAUCCCACCACUUGACCAGAAUAGCUAUACUUUAACAUACUUGGUGUUUAUUGGCUACAGAGUAGCUGUACUAUCAACAUGACACAUUACAGGCUUGGUACAUAAUAGCUACAAAGUGGCUGUAGGCCUAUACACAGCUAACAUACUUUACAUUUUUUACAUUUCUAGUCAUUUAGCAGACUGCCUUAGACCACUGCGCCAUUCGGGAGAUGCUUGGUGUUCUACCAUACCAAUGUUCAUUGAACGUCAGUCAUUUCAGCUUUUAGAGGGUUAUUAUCUGCCCCUUUGCAAGUGUGUUCCAAUAGAGAGGAAUACACUACAUACACUAUGUGUGUGUUGUACUGGAAUGCUCUUACGGGUGCAUUCUUAUAUGUACUCAUGCUAAACUAACUAGAAAGAUGUUUAAAUAUACCUUGUCAAACACUCAACAAGUAUUGAUAUUAUUUGGUGAAUGUGUCAUUCCUUCUUUGUGUAUGUGUGUGUGUGUGCAGGGGAGACUAAGAACUUUGAGAAUGCGUUUGAGGUCAGUAAUAUCAAGCUCACAGGCCUUCCUCUGGCCUUCUACUCUGGGAUGUACGCCUAUGCUGGGUGGUGGGUAUGGACUUCUUAUAGCAUAACUAGCUUUUAUAUCGAAUUCUACACUUUUCAUGAAGCCAACUAGUAUAAUACAUUAUUACUUGGCAUGAGCAUGUAUGAGCUCUUGUAAUGUACAGUAUUGCCAAAUGUAAUAUUGUUAUAAAGCUCCAACUUUUUGCCUGCAGGUUUUACCUGAACUUUGUGACUGAGGAAGUAGAGAAUCCAGAAAAGUGAGUUCAUCCUCCUCAUUCCAUAUCUCGUUUACAUAGGUUUGCCUGAUUGUAAGGUGAGAUCGAAUUAUAUUUUGAUUGCGUUGUUGGUCUCAAUCUCAGGACUGUCCCAUUGGCCAUCUCGAUCUCCAUGGCGAUAGUCACUUCGUGCUACGUGUUGACCAACGUGGCGUACUACACUGUGAUGUCAGCAGAGGAGCUGUUGGCAUCGCAAGCCGUCGCUGUGGUAAGGCAUCCAACAAGCUCUCUGUCUAUUGGCCGAUUUGAUCGACACUGAUCCUACAACCACCACUAUUGGCUAGCGUUAACAUAGGAGUCCUAUGGAUUUCUGUGUGUGAUGUAUUGAUACAUUUGAAGCUUAUUGACUGCAGUCACACACCUCGUUCAUCAGUGCUUCAUCAGGGCCUGAUUCCAUCCCGCACUGAGGAGUGAUUGAUCUGUGGUAUUGUUUUCCUGCACUAUAAACUGCUCUUAGCGUUUCGUCAUUAGUAGACCUCCAAGCCCAACACCUCUGCUUCCCAGUAUGGCCUUAUGUGAUUCUACACAGUCCAUCCCUCUCAAUGAUAAUUAAAUCAUGCUGCAGUCUUAAUGACAUAGCCAUAGACAGAGACUGUAUACUGAUCUCAGACCUGUUUGGAGUAGGGGGAAGGUUAUUCACUAAAAGGGCUCUGAUCUGAUCAGAUUUUUCUAAUGGUGUUAGUUUUAUUAAAGUUUUACAGGUCUGUGAUGUUGCUCUUAAGGAAAGUGUGAGACCAUUGGAGCUACGUCUAUGUUCGUUAAAUAGAUGAUAAUUGAAUUGAGAAUCUUUCUCUGUAUCUCUUUGUCCCUGUUUAGUUCAUACUCUCUCACUCUCUCUCUCUCUCUCUCUCUCUCUCUCUCUCUCUCUCUCUCUCUCUCUCUCUCUCUCUCUCUCUCUCUCUCGCUCUCUCCUCUCUCUCUCUCCUCUCCUCUCUCUCUCUCUCUCUCUCUCUCGCUCUCUCUCUCUCUCUCUCUCUCUCUCUCUCUCUCUCUCUCUCUCUCCUCUCGUCUGUUUUGCCUGCAGACGUUUGCAGAGAAGAUGAUGGGGAACUUUUCGGUGGCGGUGCCGGUAUUUGUAGCCUUGUCGUGCUUUGGUUCGAUGAAUGGCUGCUUGUUCGCUUUCUCAAGGUGGGCUGCGUGAACUCAGGCGUCAAACCGCAGCCUUCGCUAGCUUCUCCUGCCUUUUCCUGCCUUCCCUUCCUGACACAAUGUUUGAGGACUGUGUGAGAGGAAUCUAAUCAUAUAUAUAUUUUUUACUGCCAAAACCUGUUAAGCAGAAGUUUAAAUGUGUGGUAUAGCGGUAUAGUGAAAACACAACAACUGACAUUGCUUUACUGUGUGAAGGUCAGUUAUGACUGUCAGUUGUUUUCAUAUAUUGGAUUUUGUUAGACACUGCUUACACAAAUCGUACCAUAAUUCUAUCCUCCUAAUUCCUGCUUACAAGCAAAAACUAAAGCAGGAAGCACCAGUGACUCGGUCAAUAAAAAAGUGGUCAGAUUAAGCAGAUGCUAAGCUACAGGACUAUUUUGCUAGCACAGACUGGAAUAUGUUCUAGGAUUCUUCCAAUGGAAUUGAGGAGUACACCACAUCAGUCACUGGCUUCAUCAAUAAGUGCAUCGAUGACGUCGUCCCCACAGUGACUGUACGUACAUACCCCAACCAGAAGCCAUGGAUUACAGGCAACAUCCGCACUGAGCUAAAGGGUAGAGCUGCCGCUUUCAAGGAGCGAGACUCUAACCCGGAAGCUUAUAAGAAAUCCCGCUAUGCCCUCUGACGAACCAUCAAACAGGCAAAGCGUCAACACAAGACUAAGAUCGAAUCGUACUACACCGGCUCUGGCGCUCGUCGGAUGUGGCAGGGCUUGCAAACUAUUACAGACUACAAAGGGAAGCACAUUCGCGAGCUGCCCAUUGACACAAGCCUACCAGACGAGCUAAAUUACUUCUAUGCUCGCUUCGAGGCAAGCAACACUGAAACAUGCAUGAGAGCAUCAGCUGUUCCGGACGACUGUGUGAUCACGCUCUCCGUAGCCGAUGUGAGUAAGACCAUUAAACAGGUCAACAUUCACAAGGCCGCAGGGCCAGACGGAUUACCAGGACUUGUACUCCGAGCAUGCGCUGACCAACUGGCAAGUGUCUUCACUGACAUUUUCAACCUCUCCCUGUCUAAGUCUGUAAUACCAACAUGUUUCAAGCAGACCACCAUAGUCCCUGUGCCCAAGAACACUAAGGUAACCUGCCUAUAUGACUACCGACCCGUAGCACUCACGUCUGUAUCCAUGAAGUGCUUUGAAAGGCUGGUCAUGGCUCACAUCAACACCAUUAUCCCAGAAACCCUAGAACCACUCCAAUUUGCAUACCGCCCCAACAGAUCCACAGAUGAUGCAAUCUCUAUUGCGCUCCGCACUGCCCUUUCACACCUGGACAAAAGGAACACCUAUGUGAGAAUGCUAUUCAUUGACUACAGCUCAGCGUUCAACACCAUAGUGCCCUCAAAGCUCAUCACUAAGCUAAGGACCCUGGGACUAAACACCUCCCUCUGCAACUGGAUCCUGGACUUACUGGCAGGCCGCCCCCAGGUGUUAAGGGUAGGUAACAACACAUCCGCCACGCUGAUCCUCAACACGGGGGCCCCUCAGGGGUGCGUGCUCAGUCCCCUCAUUUACUCCCUGUUCACUCAUGACUGCAUGGCCAGGCACGACUCCAACACCAUCAUUAAGUUUGCCGAUGACACAACAGUGGUAGGCCAGAUCUGUGUGAAGGUCAGUUAUCUCUCUCUCAAUGACGAGAUAGCCUAUAGGGAGAAGGUCAGAGAACUGGCCGUGUGGUGCCAGGACAACAACAUCUCCCACAACGUGAUGAAGACAAAGAUGAUUGUGGACUACAGGAAAAAGAAGAGGGCUGUAGUGGAGCAGGUUGAGAGCUUCAAGUUCCUUGGUGUCCACAUCACCAACAAACUAACAUGGUCCAAGCACACCAAGACAGUCGUGAAGAGGGCACGACAAAACCUAUUCCCCCUAAGGAGACUGAAAAGAUUUGGUAUGGGUCCUCAGAUCUUCAAAAGGUUCUACAGCUGCACCAUCGAGAGCAUCCUGACUGGUUUCAUCACUGCUUGGUAUGGCAACUGCUCAGCCUCCGACCGCAAGGCACUACAGAGGGUAGUGCGUAUGGCCCAGUACAUCACUGGGGCCAAACUUCCUGCCAUCCAGGACCUCUAUACCAGGCGGUGUCAGAGGAAGGCCCUAAAAAUUGUCAAAGACUCCAGCCACCCUAGUCAUAGACUGUUCUCACGGCACCGGAGCGCCAAGUGUAGGUCCAUGAGGCUUCUAAACAGCUUCUACCCCCAAGCCAUAAGACUCCUGAACAUCUAAUCAAAUGGCUACCAGACUAUUUGCAUUGUGUCCCCCCCCCCCCCUUUUUACGUUGCUGCUACUCUCUGUUUAUUAUCUAUGCAUAGUCACUUUAUUAAAUCUACCUACAUGCACAUAUUACCUCAAUAACCUUGACUAGCCACUAACAUUGACUCUGGACCGGUACCCCUUGUAUAUAGCCUGGCUAUUGUUAUUUUACUGCUGCUCUUUAAUUAUUUGUUACUUUUAUUUCUUAUUAUUUUGAUAUUUCAUGUUUAUUUUUAAUUAUUUUGGUAUUCUUUCUUAGAAUUGCAUUGUUGGUUAAGGGCUUGAAAGUAAGCAUUUCACUGUAAGGUCUACACCUGUUGUAUUCUGCACAUGUGACAAAUACAAUUUGAUUUGAUUUGUUGUUGAAGGUAUUUCUAAUUUAAUCCUGAAGAUUGUGUGUGAUUGUGUUGGUCAUUCUAGAAUGUUCUAUGUGGCGUCACGCGAGGGCCAUCUCCCUGAGGUUCUGUCCAUGAUCCACGUCCGCAGACACACACCUUUGGCAGCCGUCCUCGUUCUGGUCAGAUGAAUAUAUAUAUUUUUUCAUACACACAUGUCACUCUUUACUGUCUUUAUGAGGACCUGCUCUACAUGUUCCACAAUUAAAACUUUGCAUUCUUUCCUGCAUUCAUCGUUUACAUGUUUUAACUGUUAACAUGCUUUGUGGUUACCUGUGAGCAUCUCUGCCACUUCUUCAUUGGAUCCAUGUGUGUGUUCUCUCUCUGUCUCUGUGUGUGGGUGUGUGUGUGUGUGUGUGUGUGUCGGUGUGUCGGAGUGUGCGUUCUUUCUCUGUGUUUAUGUCUCCAGUACCCUAUGACGGUGUUUCAGCUGUUUGUGGGAGAUAUCUACAGCCUGUUGAACUUCAUGAGCUUCCUCCGCUGGCUCUUCAUUGGCGUGGCUGUGCUGGGCCUCAUCUACAUGAGAUACACACGGCCUGACAUGCCACGCCCUUUCAAGGUCGGUCUAACCCACGUGACUCAUCAACCAUCAAAUUAUCAAAUGUAUUUAUAAAGCCCUUUUUACAUCACCAGUUGUCACAAAGUGCUUAUGCACACGGACACACAGAUACACACAGAUACACACACAUACACACAGUCACAGAUGCAUAUAGACAUAUCAAAGUCGAUUAUGACAUCGCUCCUUCGGUGCCACUUCAUGUGGCUCUGGAGGCCGAUGCACGAGCCGCAGAUAUUCAAGCAUCUUGCACACAUGGACAAACAGAGUAUGAGUCUGUCUAAUGGCUGUCUUAUUCAAAAUAACUCGAACUACUGAAUGCUUAAAAUUUUAGAUCCUUGACUCCUUUGUACUUCUUUGUCUUUCUUUCCAGGUUCCUCUUUUCAUUCCAGCCAUUUUCUCCUUCACCUGUUUCUUCAUGGUGUUCCUCUCUCUCUACUCUGACCCCGUCAACACAGGGAUAGGAUUAGCCAUCUCCCUAACAGGAAUCCCAGCCUACUAUAUUUUCAUUGUGUUUGACCGCAGACCCAAGUGGCUACAGAAUGGUUUAGGUAACACACUACCUACACUUAGAAGGCAUUAAAUGCAUUUACUAGACAUCACUGUGAAAAUCAUACAUACUACUGGCAUAUGGACAGCAUUGAUGAAUCUUAAUAAAGCAAAUGUUCAACUCAAGGGAUUAAUCGGUGCGUCAGUGGACCAUGAAACUAUACACGCAUAGUUUACCACAUACAAUCAAUUUCCAAUCCAUUUUCAGCAUGGCAUCCUAUCAUAAUUGCUGCAUAAAUCCCAAUAAUGUGACCUAACCCUCCGUAAUUAUUGGGACAGUGAAGCAUUUUUUCUUCUUUUGGCUCUAUACUCCAAAAGUUUGGAUUUGAAAUCAAACAAUAACUAUGAAGUUAAAGUGUAGACUGUCAUCUUAAUUUGAGGGUAUUUUAAUCCAUAUCGGGUGAACUGUUUAGAAAGUACAGCACCUUCUGUACAUAGUCCACCAUUUUAGGGGAGCAAAAGUAAAGGGGACAAAUUAACUUGAUAUUUGUGCAUCUAUAACUUUCUCACUCAUAAUUAUUCACGAUUCAUUCAGGAUUAUACGUAAUCAUGGUAACAUCCACAUUCAUGUAGAAGUGUUUAGAAACAUAUUCUAUUCAUAUUUACAAUAAAAGUGACUCAAAUUGCACAAUACAUUAUUUACUAUUUAUUUCUAUUGGGCACAAAUCUGAACACAACCAAAACAAACAGCAAAUGCAUCCAACAAAUGUGUAGAGUCACAAGCUUGAUGUAGUCUUUGCGUGCUAUGAAUAUGGGACAAAAUACUUAACGUUUUACUAAUUUAAUACACAUAUAAGUGAAUUUGUCCCAAUACUUUUGCGCCCCUAAAAUGGUGGGGGAGGACAAUGUACAAAAAGUGCUGUAAUUUCUAAACGGUUCACCCAAUAUGGAUGAAAAAACUUCAAAUUAAAGCUCACAGUCUUCACUUUAACCUCAUAGUCAUUGUUUGAGUUCAAAUCCAAAGUUAUGAAGUAUAGAGCCAAAAGUAGAAAAAAUGCUUAACUUUCCCAAUAAUUAUGGAGGGCACUGUAAAAUGGUAUCAUAAUAGUUUUUCUAUGUAUUUUAUUCUGUCUCCAGAUUCCUUCAACAGAUCUGUCCAGAUCAUCCUGGAGGUGAUCCCAGCAGAACACUGACACUCCUUCACACCAUAUCCCCACACCGAU